GGAAAAUUUACAAGAAGAUUAUUAAAGUAGGGAUUGUUCCAAAUUUGCACGUAUAUAAUGUGUUGAUUCAUGCUUGCUGCAAAUCUGGUGAUGUGGAGAAGGCAGAAGAAUUGUUGAGUGAGAUGGAGUUCAAAGGUAUUUUUCCUGAUAUUUUCAGUUAUAAUACAUUGAUCUCAUUGUAUUGCAAGAAGGGUAUGCACUAUGAAGCUUUGUCUGUACAAGAUAGAAUGGAAAGAAGUGGGAUAUUUCCCGACAUCGUAACCUACAACUCUCUUAUUUAUGGAUAUUGUAGAGAAGGUAGAAUGAGAGAGGCUUCCAGGCUUUUUAAGGAAAUUAAAGGUGCUACUCCGAAUCAUGUGACAUACACUACUCUGAUUGAUGGGUAUUGUAGACUGAAUGACCUCGAUGAAACUUUACGAUUGCGCGAAGAAAUGGAGGCUAAAGGGCUGUAUCCUGGAGUUGUUACUUAUAACUCAAUUCUCCGUAAAUUGUGUGAGGAAGGCAGGAUAAAGGAUGCAAAUAAACUAUUGAAUGAGAUGAGUGAGAAGAAAAUUGAACCUGAUAACAUCACAUGUAACACAUUGAUUAAUGCUUACUGCAAGAUUGGAGACAUGAGGUCUGCAUUGAAAGUCAGAAACAAGAUGUUGGAGGCUGGAUUGAAACCUGACCAGUUUACGUAUAAGGCAUUGAUUCAUGGUUUCUGCAAGGCAAAGGAGAUGGAGAAUGCUGAAGAGAUGUUGUUUCACAUGCUUCAUGCAGAAUUUUCUCCGAGUUAUUGCACGUAUUCGUGGCUUGUGGAUGGUUACUGCAACAAAGGCAAUGAAGAAGCAGUCAUAAAACUGCUGAAUGAGUUUGCGCGGAGAGGUCUUUGCAUUGACAUCUCAGUUUACAGGGCACUAAUACGAAGAUUCUGUAAGAAAGAAAAAGUUGAUUGUGCUCAACAUUUAUUCAGUCUAAUGCUAGAGAAGGGAAUAUUAGGAGACAGUGUGGUAUACACUAGCCUAGCAUAUGCGUACUUGAAAGCAGGGAACCCAAAUGCUGCCUCUGACAUGUUAGAUGAGAUGUAUAAGAGGAGAUUGAUGAUAACUCUCAAGAUCUACAGAAGUUUCAAUGCUUCUUAUGCUGGAGACAAAAGCAUUUUAGGUAUCUUUUGGGAUCUUGUGGUUGAGAGAGGGCUAAUUUCAAAAACUAUUUUGAAGUACAUUGAUCAAUUGAAAGUAAACUCUUGAAGGAUUAUUGGAGAUGUCUUCAAAAUUUCAUGAUCAAGUUUACCAUACUUUAUGGGAGUGCUAACAUGUACAUUUACUCUCGGCAAUCUAUUGAGUGCCUUAGAAGUAUUCUGGCACUUACUAAUAUAUCCACAGGUAAUUAUAUAAUCUGGCUUGUUAAACCCUAAUUUCUGUUGUUGACAACCACCUUGAGUUACCAUGCCUGAUUCUCUUACUUAAGCGAAGUUUGAGCAGUCUAGUAUACAGGAAAGAGAAAGGGGUUUGCUAGAAAGAGUUUGAGCGGUUCUGCUUAGCUAACAAGCAGUAAGUUUGAUGUUGAGGCAGCAUGGUACAAGAUCCCACUAAGCGGGGUCCAAGUCGAGGCAGCAUGGAUAUGAAGAACUUCGCCUGGGGAUCCAUACUGACUUGGGGAGCUGUGGUGGUAGCUUUAUUAAACCAUUUAUGAUCAAGUGAGGCUUACUUAUAAAUGUCAAGGUUGAUGAUAGGGGAUGUGCGGGUGGCAGAGGGACGCAAGUGACUCGAGUGUUAAAAGACAGAGAUCAAGCAGGAAGCAGCAGAUCAGUGUCUGUUGUCAGUUCCCAGGUAUCAAAAAGGGAAUAGAUAGCGUCAAAAGUCAAAACCAAGGCGAGUUGAUCGAAGGGUUCAGUGCAUCCCCAUCUAUUAUGACAGGCUUGUGGAGUUCGCGUUUCUUUUUGUGACAGUUGUACUCUUAUGUAUAGAUCUUGGACAACUUCACUCCACUUUGGGGUCAUGGCGUUUCUAGUCCAAGAAGCUUGGAAAUUUACUAUUGCACUUUCCAAUAUACAGGAAAUGAUGGGACAAAAUGGGAGAAAUAAGAAAUGGGCCUGCACUAA